CGGGCGAAAGUGCCAGUGACACCAAUCAGGUCUUGGCCAAAUGACAAUUUGGCAGGCCGCAAAAGGGCUUUUGGCAGUGGUAUGCUGGUUUCUAAGGGAAAUCAACUUAACGUUUUUAGUUAGUAAACUCGUAUUCGCUCCAUACUUUUGGGUGCCAGGGCGAAAUGCAAUGAAAAAGCUUUUAGACCUGCAAAUGAAACUAGGUGGAUUACCUCUAGAUGGGCUUAUCUUAUUUAAGAGCGAUCUGCCAGCCACUGCCGCCCACUGCCACUUACUGCCCACAUCCACUCCGAACGGAGAUGCCUUUCGCAGAUUGGCCUUUCAUACCCAGCUCGGUUGAACCAAAUCGCGAGCUGCAGGUGCGUGUCAGUCGAGAUUCACCUGUCGCCGGAUUCGGUUGGGGAUGCAAAUAGUUUUGCAGCUGCUGCCGCUCGCGAAACGCAGCGAAUUCAAUUAAUUAGAGCACAUUAGCGGAAAAUAGCGUAUAAACCGGCAAUAGCAUGGUGGUUACCGACUCCCCGCUCGCCCCCCACAAAUAUGUGCGUCGAAUUUCCAAGGACUUUUCCACAGUUCGCAGAUACAGCAAUACGCCGGCUGUCGUCGUCGGUUCGGUUCGUGCCUCCACAUCCGCCUUCAUUGCGGCCGAAUCCGCAGCCCACUUGCCCACUUGUAGCUCCCCGACUUUCAGGACUCCGAUUUCCACGCCGCGGGGCAUUCGUCGGCACCAGCGGAUGCGGAAGCGCUCCUCCGUCUCCUCGACGCUAUCGAAGGUCCUCAUACUCAAUGUGCGCGAUUUGCUGAAGGCGCACGCCGGCAGUGAACCCCUCAAGGAGCACCAGCCGCGUAGUUGGAUCGAGACAAAUUUCCAGAAGCGCGAGUGCAUCAAAUUCAUACCAUGCCCAAAGGACGAUGCAAAGUGCUGCUGUGGCCAGGCCCAGAUCACGCACCAGACGAUACCUGGCAUCGAGAGUGGGUCGCCCGGAGACCUCUGGCUGCCCACGAAGCACACCCGCCCGCAGCCCACAGAUGCCUAUGGAACCAUCGAGUUCCAGGGCGGCGCCCAUCCCACAAAGGCUCAGUACGUUCGCCUGUCGUUCGACACGCGGCCGGAACUACUGGUGCAGCUAUUCACCAAGGAAUGGAAUCUGGAAUUGCCAAAACUUUUGAUCACCGUGCAGGGCGGCAAGGCCAACUUUGAUUUGCAGGCCAAGCUGAAGAAGGAGAUACGCAAAGGACUGCUGAAGGCGGCCAAGACCACUGGAGCCUGGAUAUUCACCGGCGGCACAAACACCGGCGUCACCAAGCAAGUGGGCGAUGCCCUGCUCCUGGAAGGUCAGCAGCGGACAGGACGAGUGGUCAGCAUCGGCAUCGCUCCCUGGGGCAUCGUGGAGCGCAAUCACGAGCUGCUCGGCCACAAUCGCGAAGUGCCCUGCCACAGCAUUAGUUCGCCCAGAUCCAAGUUGGCCGUGCUAAACAAUCGGCAUGCGUACUUCCUGCUGGUGGACAAUGGCACCCAGGCCAAGUAUGGGGCCGAACUGAUCCUGCGGCGCAAACUGGAGAAGUUCAUAUCCAACCUGAAGCUUCACCCAUUCACACAUUCCAGUACGCCCGUCGUCUGCCUGGUGAUCGAGGGCGGCACCAACACGAUACGUGCGGUGCUCGAGUACGUGACGGAUUCGCCGCCGGUUCCGGUGGUCGUAUGUGACGGAUCCGGGCGUGCCGCCGACCUGCUGGCCUUCGUCCACAAAUAUGCUUCGGAUGGCGAGGAGCAGACGGUACUGGAGUCCAUGCGGGACUAUCUCAUCGGGACCAUACAGAAGACCUUCGAGGUGGGCCUGGACCAAUCCGAGAAACUCUACCAGGAGCUGCUGCAGUGCACGCGGAACAAGAAUCUGAUUACCGUCUUUCGCAUACAGGAAAAGCCCGAGGGCGAGGCGCAGGAACUGGAUCAGACCAUCCUAACAGCCCUCUUCAAGUCACAGCAUCUGAGUCCGCCGGAGCAAUUGAGCCUCGCCCUGACGUGGAAUCGGGUGGACAUAGCGCGCAGCGAGAUAUUCGUCUACGGGCAGGAAUGGCCAAAUGGCGCACUGGACGAGGCCAUGAUGCAGGCGCUGGAGCACGAUAGAAUCGAUUUUGUCAAAUUACUCCUGGAGAAUGGCGUUUCGAUGAAGAAAUUUUUGACAAUACCGCGCCUCGAGGAGCUCUACAAUACCAAACACGGUCCGGCCAACACGCUGGGCUACAUCCUGCGCGAUGUCCGACCGCACAUACCCAAGGGCUACAUUUACACGCUCCACGACAUCGGCCUGGUGAUCAAUAAACUAAUGGGCGGCGCAUAUCGAUCCUAUUACACGCGCCGCAAAUUCCGGCCCAUCUACGCCAAGGUUAUGAACAGCUAUGCAAAUGCGUGCCGCAAGUCGUCCACCUACCAGUACCAGCGAUAUGCCGGAGCCAAUUCGCUGAGCCUGGUCACUGGCCUGCUGCCCUUCACCUCGGAAAUGGCCCUCUUCGAGUUCCCAUUCAAUGAGUUGCUGAUUUGGGCCGUGCUGACCAAGCGACAGCAGAUGGCCCUGCUGAUGUGGACACAUGGCGAGGAGGCAUUGGCCAAGUCACUCGUAUCCUGCAAACUGUACAAGGCCAUGGCCCACGAAGCUGCCGAGGAUGACUUGGACACGGAAAUCUACGAGGAGCUGCGCUCCUACGCCAAAGAGUUCGAGAGCAAGGGCAACAAGCUGCUGGACUUCAGUUACCGACAGGAUGCGGAGAAGGCGCAAAGACUGCUGACCUGUGAGCUGCACUCCUGGUCAAAUCAGAGUUGCCUUUCGCUGGCUGUGGCGGCCAACCAUCGUGCCCUCCUCGCGCAUCCCUGUAGUCAGGUGAUCCUGGCGGAUCUGUGGAUGGGUGGACUGCGAACCCGCAAGAAUACAAACUUCAAGGUCAUCUUGGGCUUGGCGAUGCCAUUCUACAUCAGGCAGCUGGACUUCAAGUCGAAGGAGGAGCUGCAGCAGAUGCCGCAGACUGAGGAAGAGCAUCUGGAAAACCAGAAUCUGGACAAUGACGACUCGGAUCGUUCGCAGCCGGAUGCCGAGUGCAAGCUAAUACCAGCUGAAAACAGCUCGCCCUCCUUUAAGAGUGUCUCGAAUUCAACAGAUGCUCUAUUGGCGGAUACUUACUCAGUGCGCGAUACAAAAGUACACGAAAAUGGCAAAGUCUCCCUCACCGACUCGGAUCCCGCCCAGUUUAGAGAGUUCUUCAAUCUUUCCGAGUACAAUGAGGUGAAGCAGCACCAGCCGCUGCGCCUGAAAAAGAAGUUCUACGAGUUCUACACGGCACCCAUCACCAAGUUCUGGGCGGAUUCGAUUGCCUAUAUGUUCUUUCUCAUAAUGUUCUCCUUCACUGUGCUGGUGAAGAUGGAGCAGAUGCCGCGGUGGCAGGAGUGGUACUCAAUAGCAUAUAUCACAACGCUGGGCUUCGAAAAGGUGCGCGAAAUAAUAUCCUCAGAACCGGUGGCCAUUACACAUAAGUUCUCGGUGUGGGCGUGGAAUAUGUGGAAUCCGUGCGAUGGUGCCGCCAUUAUACUCUUUGUCAUCGGUUUGGCAUUUCGAUUCCGGGAGAAUACGAUGGACAUUGGACGAGUCAUCUACUGUGUGGACAGCAUUUACUGGUACCUGCGCAUACUGAACAUCCUUGGCGUGAAUAAAUAUCUGGGACCCCUGGUCACCAUGAUGGGCAAAAUGGUGAAAAACAUGAUAUACUUUGUGGUCCUGUUGGCGGUCGUUUUGAUGAGCUUCGGUGUCAGCAGACAAGCGAUUCUCUACCCCAACAAACAGCCCACCUGGAGUCUCAUCAAGGAGGUCACCUUCCAGCCCUACUUCAUGCUGUACGGAGAGGUGUUCGCCGGCGAUAUCGACCCUCCCUGCGGCGAGGAUCCCAGCCAGCCGGGCUGCGUCACUGGCCACUGGGUAACGCCGAUAACCAUGUCCAUGUACCUCCUGAUUGCCAAUAUUCUGCUGAUAAAUCUGCUCAUCGCUGUGUUCAACAAUAUCUUCAACGAGGUCAACUCGGUUUCGCACCAGGUGUGGAUGUUCCAGCGGUUCACCGUGGUGAUGGAGUACCAGCAGAAGCCCGUCCUGCCGCCGCCCUUCAUCGCCCUGUGCCACUUCUACUCGCUGCUCAAGUACUGCGUGCGGAAGGCGAAAGGAUUGGAGGUGCAGCGGGACAAUGGUCUCAAACUGUUCCUGGAGAAGGACGACCUGGAGCGGCUGUACGACUUCGAGGAGGAGUGCGUCGAGGGCUUCUUCCACGAACAGGAAAUCAUCCUCAAUCAGUCGACGGACGAGCGGGUGAAGAACACCACGGAGCGGGUGGAGACCAUGUCUCAGAAAAUCGAGGACAUCAAUCAGAAGGAAAACAUACAAACGGCCACCGUUCAGAACAUCGAGUUCCGAUUGCGAAAGAUGGAGGAAUCCUCGGAGCAGAUACUUUCGCAUUUGGCCGUCAUACAUCGUUUCAUGUCCACACACACGGCUGGUGCGGAUGACUUCCGCGGCUCGACGAUUAACAUUCCGGCUGAGAUGCAGCGCAUGCGCACCAUCUCAAUUUCGGACACGGAGGGCGGCGGCGGCAGCGGCGGAAAUGGUGGUGGCGGUGCUGGUGGCUCUGGUGGUGGUGGUGGUGGAGGAGCCAUCGUUCCACUUGGUCUCGGUGCCGGUCUGAAUUUGAAUUCGCUCCAGGUCACAACCCGGCGCCGCUUUAACCGUUCGCUUACCGAGGUGCGUCCUGAUGCGUACAUCUUCGACGAGGGCACGCACUUUGAGGUGGUGCCUCUGCCGGAGGAACCGGACGAAGUGGUCAAGUCCCGCGAGGCCCUCAACGAGCAGGUGGUCCGCAAGGCGUCGAUGCAGUCGGAGGCAGACUCGGACAUCUACAUUCCGGUGUCGCAGCGUCCAUCGACCUGCGAGACGGUUAAACGGACUCCGUACGUGACGGUGCGCCAGGAUACGGGUGCCAGCACGGAGAGCAAGGACACUCUUACGCCCAUGGGCAACAACGAUGACGACCAGACGCUCGUGGGCGGCGACAACUCUGAUGAUGCGACGCCAGACAUCAACUUUGAGGCUGCCAGACAUCGAGCACUGCGGCAGCGCACAGUGUCCCUGUGUCGCCGCAACUCGGAGACGUACUCUUUAACCGGGGUGGACAUAAACCGAUCGCACAUCAGCCUCAACCAGCUGGCCUCGUUGUCCCGCCGCCAGAUGAGCCUCACGCAAUCGGAACCGGACAGCGACAAGGAUGCGCCCGUGGCCCAGGGUUCCGGACAUCCGGGUAAAUCAGUAUUGCAUGCGAAACCCUCCAGAAAUAUCUUGCUGAAACUGCACAGCGAGUACACCUCGAUCACGGACGAGCUGGAGAACGUCUGCCACAUGAUAGCAUCGCCCACGGUAUCCCUGCCAAGCAACAAAGCUUCCUUGGACCGCCCCAAAACAGAAAUGUCGCGGGCUGAGGCUGCGGCUUUGCUGGAGAAGAAGCAUCUAAAGGAGUGCGAAGAGAACGACUACAUGAUUCUGGAGGGACUGAUCGAGUCCCGUGGCUCAAUCGAUGCCAGCGCCCAGGGAUUCGAGAUUGGCGGAUCCAUAGACUACAGCCAUCGCUACCCGCUGCGCCGGGAGACUGCCGUAGAGCUGUCACCUUCGAAGCCUUCGGUAGAUGGUGACUUGAUGGGCGGUGGCGGAGGUGGCGCUGCCGGCGGAGGCGACAGUAGCGAUACCAGCGGGGCCGGUAGCUGCGGUGCCAUGGCCGGCAUCUCGAGCGGCUUUCAACUGAAGAACGAGCGCCCCUGGCAGCGCAACUCCUCGAUGGAGCAGCAAACGUAUCCCUCACCGUUGGUGCCCACGCGGGCCACCAGUGACUUCCUUAAUCCACCGUACGAGGGCCGGCUGUUCAAGAAGUCCAGUGAGAGCCUGCAGAAAAACUCCAGCACGGAAACUGACUACUCGGCACAUCCGUAUCGCUUCAUCAAGCAAAGCUCCAACGAGACAAACACUUCGCUGACGGGCUCAUAUAAUGUGGACACACCCUCGCUGACGGCGGAGCCCUCGUUGGACGCCGGCGACUCGCACUCGGCGACAGGAAUUAGCAUUAGCGUUGGCGCUGUGGGCGGCACUGCCACGGCGCGUUACCAGCCCAUCCGUACCGCCUCGGUAGGCGCUGCCGAUGGCAGGCGUUUGCGAGAGGAGAGCUCCAGUUCGCUGGAUCUCAGCUCCUCGGGGCCAGUGACGAUGCAGGCAGCGCCGGCACCGCCAGUGCGUCCGAUGCUGCUAAAGAAACAGUUUAGCGUGGACCAGGGCAAGCCGUCUCAGCCGGCCGCCGAGGCAGUGCCUCAGACACCGGAGGCGGCCCAGGCCCAGGCUGGUCAGGCCAAACUGAUUUCCACGCUCAAGCCGCAGCCCUUUGCGAGCAAGCUUGGCAUGAAUGUGCUGAAGGAGAGCAGCUCCAGCACGGAUGAGUCCGUCGGUUCGUCAGCCAAGAGCAGCAACCCGGCGCUAUCCAUACCCCAGAUCAGCACCCACCUGGUGCAGGACGAGAUCGCCAAACUAUCAUCGAACAUCAAGAGCAGCACCGAAUCGGAAAAGGAUCCGCCGUUCAACGAGACCAUGUGUUAGCAAUGUGGAAGGUCUAGGCCAAUGAAACUGUGCUCAAUGGGGAGACUAGUCAUAGGAGUGGGGUGAUAAAUAAGUCGAUGAACUAUCGUUGGGAUCUACGAAACAGAUAUUAAAGAUUAUGCAUAUUUAUUCGAGGGGUCGCUGGUUAAGUACGUGUUAAUGAUUUUGACAAUACAUAGUUCACAAAUUCUCUGUAUUUUUGUACAAGUAUUUAUUUAGAGGCCUCAUUGUUGUUGUACACUAUUAAGGCAGACGCAUAGAAUAUCUGUUUUCGUUUGAUGUCAAUAUAAUAGGUACCACCAAAAAUAUGCAUAUUAGAACGCCUGAGUUAUGCGAUGCACAUAUUCACAUACUCGGUACUUUUACAAACUCUUAGGUGUAGUCAGCCAUACAUAUUGCAACGUUGCAAGCAACUUUCACACAGACAUAUCUAAAAGCAACCACUCUACUUUAUCCAAGCCUAUCAUGAGCACUUACCUCAGCUCAAUUAGAACCUAUCGCAGCCCAAUGUACUUAUACCUGUCCCUGUCGAAGUUCCAUUUUGUAGUCUACGAGGUUCACUACGAUAUGGGCUCUUUGGCAAUGUGUGUUAUCAUAUGUGUAUAACGUCUUAGAUAGUACAUUUUACUUGCUUAUAGGGGGGAAAUUCGUGUGUUUUGUGUGCAACUGCCUUUUUCGGCGGCAUAGAUAUUAUUGUACAUAAAUAGACUAAAUGUUAUAGGUAUGUUAAAAGAUCGCUAAAAUUGUUCACGUUUGGCCAGUGUGUGCUAGUAAUUUAAAUUAGAUUUUUAAAUA